UCCCGUCAGCCUCCACAACGCUCUUCGUUCAGCAUGGCGACGAAGUACAACAUUGGAGACCCUGUGUGGGCGAAAAUGAAAGGUUUCUCUCCGUGGCCAGGAAAGGUGGCCAAUCCAACGAAGGAGGUGAAACGGCCGGCACUAAAGAAGCCAAUGCAUUGUAUCUUCUUUUUUGGAACCAACAACUAUGCAUGGAUCCAGGAAGACCAGAUCAAGCCAUAUGAAACCAGCAAGGAACAGUUUUCAAAGUCCAGCAAGACAGCCAGCUUUAAGGAAGCAUUGGAGGCCAUCGAGGAUUACGUCAAGAAUCUUCCAGAGCAACCGGUCAGAAGCUCUGAUCUGCCCAGCAUUGAUGAGGAGAUUUCCACAAUAUUCCCUAAUGGUUCUGUGAGCCCCAUAGCGAACACACCAACCAAGGGCCCACCACCUGCAAGAGUAGCUGCCUCUGAAGAUGAAGUUGAAGAGGCACCAGCAACCCCUACUGUGACACCAGUGAAGACGCCCAAGACACCAAAGGAACCAGCCACAACUGACAAAGAGCCAAAGCGGAGAAAAAGAGAGUCGCAGGACCAGUCGCAUCGGGCAUCCAAGCGAACCUCUUCUGAAAGCAGCAGCACAAGCUCGGCGCCCACAAAAAGAAACAAAGCAGCAGCGGCUGAAAAGACUUCCUCGGUGGCAGCUGCAACACCAAAUAACAAUGCAGCUGGCCUCAACAGUGUGUCAAAUGCCACUUCAUCGUCAUCCAAGUCCAGCUCCAACCUUCUGAGGCAGUCUUACGUCACAAGGCCCGUGACGCCACCCCUUGAUGUGGAGAGGAUAUCAGACGUCUUGCGGUCAAAACAUGUCAGCCCGUCGAACCUCAAGUUUGGAUUUCUGGGAUUGGGCAACAUGGGCCAGGGCAUGGUCAAGAACCUCAUCAACUCGGGUCACCACAUCACUGUAUGGAACAGGACACCUUCCAAGUGCCGAGACUUUGUAAAGGCGGGUGCUUUCAAGGGUUUAACUCCUGCUGAUGUUGUCGCAGCAUCUGACAUCACAUUCUGCUGUGUCUCCAAUUCUCAUGCAGCCAAGGAGAUGGUGUUCGGCAACUGUGGUGUUCUGCACGAGAUUAAAGACAACAAGGGCUAUGUAGAGAUGACAUCCAUAGACCCUGACACAUCGCAGGACAUAUCAGAGGCUAUCAUGCUCAGAGGUGGGCGGUACUUGGAAGCACCUGUGUCAGGCUCAAAAAAGCCUGCAGAGGAUGGCACCCUCAUCAUCCUGGCUGCCGGGGACCGAGCACUCUUCAAUGACUGUGCCAGCUGCUUCGAGGCUAUUGGCAGGCAUGCAUUCUACUUGGGGGAAGUGGGCAAUGGCUCCAAGAUGAGCCUUAUCCUCAACAUGCUGCUGGGGACAACAUUAGCUGGUCUGGCAGAAGCAAUGGCUCUUUGCGACCGAGCUGAGCUGUCCCAGAAGGACCUACUCGAGAUACUUGAACUGGGCGACCUCAACUCAGCAGUCAUAAGUCAGAAAGGCCAAGCCAUUAUUGAAGGCACCUUUGCAACCAACAUGCCCCUGCAGCACCUUCAAAAGGACCUUUGCCUUGCCAUUGGCAUUGGUGACCAGUUGGAACAGCCUUUACCAGUCACAGCGGCAGCAAAUGAGGUAUUCAAGCAUGCCAAAAAGCACGGCUACGCGGAACAUGAUGCCUCGGCAGUGUACAUCCGAACUCGACUCUGAACACCAGGAGCCUGCCGACUGAGGAGAGAGACAAGGGCAGGGAGUGCAAGACGCACACACAGCUGCAUGUUCUACCAGAGCAAAAGCCCUGAGCCGCGAUUCAUAACAUGGGGGGGGAUGCAGGGUCAUCCCAUUUUCCGGCUCUUCCGGCCCACAAAAUGGGGGCUGGCAUCUGCAAUGUGCUGGACCCAGUGCUGGUUAGGAAGUGGUGCCUUUUUAUCAGCAGCCGUUUGUGCUUGCAAUUAUUUUGCGUUGUUAAAGCUGGGAUGCUUAGUCGACUGUUGAGCUUCACUACAGUGUUUUUAGGCGGGAGUAUCAGGUAGUGAACUGCCCCGUGUGGCACAAGCAUGAAUAAUUGGUUGCAGAUAGUGGAGCUCUCAUUGUUUUAAAGGCACUUGCAGCCUUAGUGAGCAGAGCCCCUGUGUUGUAAUUUGCCCAUCUUGUGGAGCGUUGUGUGCAUGUGCUUCCAUUUCAGGCUAGGCUAGUUGAUCUAGCAGGGUCCUUCUUGAUUUGCGACUCGCCAAUUUUAUUCUUAUGUGUUGCAGAACUUCAAGUUAGCUAAUGAAUUGAUGCGCUUCAAGGACUCCCACUUUUUUUUAUCGUUGCUUUUGUUUUUCUUCAGGUGCUGGCUGCAACAUUUUAACAGUGCUCUGCAGUAAUAAGUCCCGAGUGCUUAUUGGCUUCGUGCUGAAGUCUUAGUGCAGCAUGACCCUGCACUUAGGAUCUUUAGUAUUUGUGUUGCAACUGUUGAAUUUCUUGUUCCCGUGUUAGGUGGCCUGUGUUUAAGGAAAAAUGUUUCGAGGUGAUAGUUAUACGAAAACCGUGGUGCUUACCAUGACUUCUAUUUCCUUUUUUUUUUUCCUAAGAAAGAGCAACAGAAUAAUGCGUUACAAGGGUAUCCUUUAUAUGUAGCAAGGCACGAACAGAGGGCAGUGUCGUGAUUGGAUGUGCUGCGGCUGUGGCCAGUGCAUUGCGUGUCUGUCCCUGCUAAAGAGUACAAGAUCUCCCUCAUCCCUCUCUUUCUCAUUGCAUUAUAAAGGAAAGUCAGAAACUGUCAGUAAGCUGUUAGUGGGGACUGCACUGUUUAUCGUGCAAGAACUCUGUCCCACAGGUUGGGACGGCGUGCCGGACCCAGCCCCAUAUGCAAGUCAGCAUGGCCCACCUUUCGCGCUCUGGGCUGCACUGUGUGCCGAGUUGUCCUCCUCCUGCUGUUGUUAUACACAUUAACUACAACAUCCCCAUUCCAUUGGAAAGUGUCACCAUGUCACGUACACAGAAGAAUAAAACUAUCAUCUUCACUUUAUUUUAACCUGA